AUGAAUCUAAUCACAUCUCAUCGCCACUAUCAAUGGUUAUCCAAUCUGAUUACUGCCGAUGAGAAGUGGAUGUUGUAUGUUAAUUACACGCGUAGACGUCAGCGGUUGAGCACUGGUCAAACAGGCGUAGGAAUACCGAAGACUGAUCCAGAUCCUAGGAAGUUGAUGCUGAGUGUCUGGUGGGGUAUUAAAGGAGAUGUUCAUUGGAAACUACUACCAAAUGGUUACACUAUCACUGCUGAUCUAUACUGUCAACAAUUGGAUCGGGUAGCUGAAAAACUCUAG